CUUGUUCACCAGGGCCCCUGAUGGUGGGGAUGGACUUGGAGCAGACCAGGACCAGGUCGCGGCCUCUGAGUACACCCACCCGUGGUAGAUGGAUCCGCCGGAGAUAUCUACAAGAUGAGAGCCUGAUGUGAAGAGGCGGAAGGGCCCGAGCAGGAUGGAUGGAUGGAUUCGUGGUCAGACAGGCCAAGUCGGUUACCGUGGGAGCAGCGCGGUACAAGGCGGCAGGCAGAGGAUAGUCGGGUCACACGCAGGGUCAGUACCAGAAGAUCAGAUCCAAUAGAGGGCAUUCAAGAGAGAGCACAGUCAGGGGCAAUCCGGGUCAGCAACAAUCAAAUAUCAACGAAUACAGAAGCAGGGAACACAGGA